AACUUGGAUUUGGAUGACAGGGUUGUGGAGAAGAGCAAGCUCCUUUGUAACUGCAUAAGACGGCUUCUUUGGAUCAUCGUGGGCCUGAAGAGAUUACUGGAACAGUGUGAACCAACAAGACGAGACAGUGGAGUUUGACUUGGCUCCUGCUCCUGUAGAGGCACCAUGGCGGACUAUGUGUACAACACGACCAACUCCACUACCCCCACCUACCCCCUCAACCACACGGGGGCGCUCAACGCCACGCACGCCCCCUUCAGCCCGUUCGAAGGCUGCGAGCUCAUGGCCGAGGGCAUCCUGUUCGACCUGAUCGUGCAGUGCGUCAACGUGGUCAUGGGCAUCCCCGCCAACAUACUGGUGAUCACCGUCCUCCUGCGCAACCGCAAGGAGCCCUCCACCUCCGACCUGUUCCUGGGCUGCCUGGCCUUCCUGGACAUCUACUACGGCGCCAUGGUGCCCAUCAACAUCCUCAACCUGUACCACUGGGAGAGCUACAAGGUGUGGCUGUCCGUCAAGUUCUCCUACGGCGUCAAGGACACCAGCGGGCCCCUGUUCCUGUCCUGCAUCUGCUUGGACCGCUUCGUGGCCGUGCUGUUCCCCAUCGCCUUCGGCACCCUCCGGGCCCCCCGCUACCGCAUCAGCCUCUCCAUGCUGGUGCUGGGCCUCACCUUGGCCUACGCCUCGGCCAAGACGGUGGGCGGCCUGCCCGACUUUGAGAAGGUGUUCACGGGGGAGAUCCUGGCUGUGUUCGUGUGGAUGAUCGUGUGCAACGCCGCCAUCCUGCUGGCGCUGAAGAGGUCCCGCGGCGCGGGCAAGGACGCGAUGCACCCCAUGAAGAAGAAGGCCUUCAAGAUGGUGCUGGCCAUCCUGGUGCUCACCGUGUGCAACUACCUGCCGCCCGUGGCCCUGUUCCCCUUCGAGGACGCCUACGCGCCCGACGUGUUCCGCUGCUACGUGCAGCCCGUGGGGUUCGCAUUCCUCAACAUCAGCAGCAGCACCCAGCCACUCAUCUUCCUGUCCCGGCUGGAGAGGUCGUCCUUCCUGCCCGAGUGCUGUGUGAAGUGGUGUUUCCCCGUACCGGCGAAGCAGGAGGAAGGGAAGUCCCCAGCAACAGUCAGUACAGGCGUCUGAAGCCUCGCCUGCCUGAAUGUGAAGAGGGUGUGUAGGUGGUUUGCCUAAAAGAUGAGCUACACUCAUCUUUGCCCCAACAACACUAGAUAGCUAGUUCAGGAUGGAAUAUGCAGAGUGAAUGUGUUUGAUUUUGUUUGGCCAUUAUUAUCAUUUGUGUUUGUGUCUUUGUAUACAGCUCUUUGAUUGUAAAGUAUAUGUGGUCUAUAUUUAAUUCAUUUGAAUGUAUAUUGUAUUGUAAAUAUUUUCAAAGAACUGUCUAUUGAGCAAUAAUAGAAAACAAUCAUGUUUCAUAACCUUUUUGAACCACUGUUGGCUGUACAGUUCUGUAUGACUGCAGCGCCAUCGUGUGUUCAAUAAUAAAAUUACACAGACUCGA